AUGCAGUGCUCCAUAGCAUACAGUUUGGCAAUUCUUUGCCUCGGCUGUUUAAUUGCAGUUGAAUCUAAAGGGAGGAAACCCAGUGGUGGAGGUGGCCAGGGUACUGGACAAGUCAUUAAAGAUGAAUUUGGGAACCUUGAAGAAGCAAUGCAACUCCUGAUCGGAAAACUGAAAACAGAUCUGAAAGAAGAUUCCGCAAGUAUAAGAGAUGAGGUGUCAAAUCUGAGGGAUGACGUGUCCAAUCUAAGAGAUGGUGUGUCUAAUCUGGGAGACGAGUUGUUAAAUCUGAGAAUGGGUGAAUCCGAUGUUCGUGAUAAUCUGGUGGAACUGAAGGAAUCGAUGGUAGACAUGAAGAAACAGUUGAGUGAAAUAUCAAUUCAUGACAACACCGAUAAAGAUAUCGAUGACAAUGACGACACUAAGACUAAUGUACCACUGUUUGACUCAAAAGUUUGUAACACAUCAUCCAAAAUGUUUCAAGAAAUUAAAGAUCAGCUGAAAGGCUUCCAAUAUGAUGAGUUAACUACUGAACGUUGUAUGAAUAUUUCCGCCAAUUCUGAAGGAAAAUGCAACGAGUCUAUAUCGGGAACAGAAACAUUGAAGGAAGAUCUUGAAAUGAUGAUUCAGGAACAAAUGAAGAAACUAGUAGAGACGUGCCAGACAGGAACAGAUGACCAAACACAUACAGAACUGCCUAACAAUGUCACAUCUCCUGUAGCAGAAGAUUGCAGUGGGCAAUCGGAUGGAGUCCAUGUAAUAACCACCAGGACUGGUAAACGGUUUCUUGCAAGCUGUGAAGAUGAUUGGCUCAUACUUGCACACCGCUUCGAUGGAAGUAUCGAGUUCAACCUUGAAUGGGCUUCAUACAGACAGGGUUUCGGCAAUAUUUUAAGAGAACACUUUAUAGGAAUGGACAAUAUUGUGGCUGUGUUACAACAGAAGAGGUACGAGGCAAGGUUUGACCUGACAACAUGGGAGAAUGAGACACGAUACGCUGAAUAUAGAACAUUUGACAUUAAUGAUGAAAAGGACAAAUACCGGUUGAAUAUUGAUAGCUAUAGUGGCACAGCGGGUGAUUCAAUGAAACAUGCCAAUCAUGACCAAUUCUCCACAAAGGAUUCUGAUAACGAUGGUUACAGUAGUGCUAAUUGCGCUUUGGCUCAUCAUGGGCCUUAUUGGUAUGGAAGUGGUUGUAGUGGUGCACAUGGCUCUGUUUUUGAUGAGUUGACCAUAAAAAGGCAAUCAAAUCGUCAGCCGACAGUCGAAUUAUUCAACUUUGAAUUAUUCAACUUCCAGUGGCAGACAGCUGACAGUUUAAUCUACUAUCUUAUGGUAAACUCAUCUAGAUAUGAAUAGUACUUGUCACUAUAUUCAUGUGCAUAUGCCGCAAUCUAAGUGUAUGUACAAGUGAUCUGACGUUUAUGAAGUAAAUAAAAAAAGAAAAUUGUAGAAUCAAUGAAUGGACAAAGGGAAAAUAAAGUUAAAGAAUAAGAUCUACACUUUAUCACCCCCACACCUUUAACACUAGUUAUAUUUUCAGAGGCAUUCAAACUUUUUGGUGGUCUAAAAUUUGAAUUUAGAAGUUAUUGUAAUCAAAUGAUUCUUUCGUGGUAUGACAUCAAAUUGU